AGUCCAGCCUCCACUCACGCGUGUACAGAGUUGUUUAGUGGGUGAACACAAACAGACGAACAGCACCGACCUGUUGCGGAGAAUGUGACAGCACUUUUUUUUAACUUAUAUUGUUGAACCUCGUUGCCAAACUUUGGCACAUUUUUGUCACUGUAAAUUGUGUUCAAGGAGCCAUGGAGCCGAUAACGAAGUGGACGCCGAAGCAAGUUGUCGACUGGAUGAAAGGUCUGGACGACAGCCUGCAGCAAUAUGUGAGCAACUUUGAGCGGGAGAAGAUCAGUGGGGAGCAGCUACUGAAGAUCACACAUCAAGACCUGGAGGAGCUUGGCGUGGCCAGGAUUGGACACCAGGAACUGGUGCUGGAGGCUGUCGAUUUACUCUGUGCUCUGAACUAUGGGGUAGAGACGGACAACUUGAAGAAUCUGGUUGUGAGGAUGAGAGCUGCCACCAACAGUCUGCACAUGGCCACGUCUGACCGCAGGAAAAGCCCCGCGUAUGAUGGGAGCAUGUCGCGCAAGCCACCCAACGACUUCCUCACCUCUGUGGUGGAGCUGAUCGGCGCUGCCAAGAGCCUCCUGGCUUGGCUCGACAGGACGCCUCUUACAGGGAUCAGUGACUUCACAGCCACCAAGAACAAGAUCAUUCAGCUGUGCCUGGAGCUCACCACCACAGUUCAACAGGACUGCAGUGUUUACGAGAUGGAAGAGAAGAUCCUGGAAGUUUCAAAGAUUUUGAACAACAUCUGUGAUCAGACUGUGAGAACCACCUCUGACCCCCUGAUGAGCCAGUCGGCCUGCUUGGAGGAAGUCCAGCUGACCAAUAUCAAGCCGGGAGAGGGUCUGGGGAUGUACAUCAAGUCUACCUACGAUGGGUUACAUGUCAUCACGGGAACCACAGAACAUUCACCUGCAGACCUGACCAGGAAGAUCCAUGCUGGUGAUGAGGUGAUCCAGGUCAACCAGCAGACAGUGGUUGGCUGGCAGCUGAAAAACCUGGUUGUCAAACUGAGGGAGGACCCCAAAGGUGUUGUUCUACUCCUCAAGAAGAGGCCCACAGGCACAACAGGUUUCACCCCCGCCCCGCUCAAGAACAUGCGCUGGAAGCCCCCAGUACCACAGAAUAAUUCCUCCUUGAUCAGAGCCCAGUCUCCUUGCGGCUCAGCUAACGGAUCAACCAAAAAGGAGAAGCCGGCUAUCCUGGACUUGUACAUCCCCCCUCCUCCUCCAAUGCCAUACACCCCACGUGAGGGGAGGACAGACUCCUUCUGCAGCAUUAGUAAAAGACCAAAGGGCUCUGAGUCACCCAACUCCUAUCUGGACCAGGAGAGCAGAAGACGCUGCACCAUCGCAGAUUAUGACAAGCUUAGCGUGGGCUGUCCCAUCGAGGCCAACGUGAUACAGCCCAGAAUGAGGGAGCACAAGUCCUCGCGUGGGAAGCCGCGGCCCCUCUCCAUGCCAGUGGACACCUGUGUUGGAAUUGUUGAUCCAUAUGCUAAGCCCUGGACACAGGGAAGGAAAGGUGAAGACCUCCUGUACAGAUACCUUAGCAAUGAGAGGAUCCCCACCAUCGCAGAGGAGGUGCCCUCAGUGUCUCCGCCCUACAGGCCUGCAGGGGAACGUCACCUCGUCAGAGUGGACCACAUCAGGGGCAGCCGCUACUACUCCAACUCAGACCUCCACAACAGCGCUACCAUCCCCUACCAGGAGGACAUGAAAAAGGCCCCCGUAGGCCCCGUCUCCAAGCGCGCAACGGCAGAACGCUCACUACUGAUACCCGACUGGCACUCUAGCAGUGACUUCCUCAACCGGUAUAAUCAACCACAAAUACGAUCCUGGUCCUUCUCUCAAGCUGCUGCGUUCCCCAUAUCUGUGCCCCCCUCCAUGGCCGCCGACGACUACAACCCUGUCUCCCUCCGUCACAAAUCCAAGAGGAAGACUCGAGGAGGCAAUGGUACAAUGAGCAGGAGAAGGAUCUCGGUCAAAGAGCUGGGUCAGCCGGACCAUCAGGGCUGGCUGUACAGGAAGAAGGAGAGUAAAGGCUUCCUGGGUAUCAAAUGGAAGAAGUACUGGUUUGUGCUGAAGAAGACGGCUCUCUAUUGGUACUCCAACCAGCUGGCAGAAAAGGCUGAAGGCUACAUUGACCUCACCAACUUCAUGAUUGACAGAGCCAUAGAGUGCAAGAAGAAACAUGCGUUCAAAGCUUGCCACCCACAGGUCAUGAUGUUCUAUUUUGCUGCUGAGAGCCACGAGGAGAUGAACUUAUGGUUGAAUAAACUUGGGCUAGCCUCCAUUCAAUAUGAGCCAACAGAACGAAGCACUGCAGUCGAGUGUUAUAGUGAAGCCAGUGACCAUGAAGAAGCUGAAAGCACAGAGAUCCCCCCGCCACCAUACUCUGAACAAACCCUGCGGGACUCCGUGGAUGCAUCCGGUCCACCUGGAAGCACGCAUCAGGGUACCCUUCCUCCCCCCUACUCCUCAGCAGUCCCCAGCGAAGCCAACGGUUCACUCUCGUCCCCCGUCAGCACGAUGACAUCACAGAGCUCCUCCUCGUCGCUCGCCAAGCAGCGGCAGUCCUGGCUGGACCUGGUCUCGCAGGCAUCCCCUCCUGCUGGGGAGACGGCAGUGGUGUGCUCAGUUCAAGUACACUCGCAUCAACCUCCGCACGAGGAGACGGAAGAAGAGGAUGACUCCCAGGUGUUGGAGAGCUCGUCUCAUCAGGACCCGUCAGAAACAGAGUCCAAUGAGGAAAGCCCUGCUGCGGAGGGGGAGGCACAGAGGGUGGUUUCAGGUGCUGGAAGUGAAGGGGAAUGUGGGAACAGCUCAGAUGAGAUGGAGAAGCUGUAUAUUCAUCUAAAAGAGGCCAGCCUCUCGCCAAUAGGGGAUCGGAAACCAUCCACGAAAAGGGAAUUCAGGGCCUCCUUCGUAAAACGCUGUAAAAACCAGACUGUCAAUGAUCGACUGCACCUUAUCAGGACUCUCAACAGCACAUUAAAGUCAAAGGAGGCAGACCUACAGGCAAUAGAGCAGGUGUUGUCGGACCCAGGGUUGACCUCAGACAAGUUCAGAGAGUGGAAGGAGGCCAAUGCACCUUUGGUGCAGGAGAUCUGUGCCAAACAGGACCAGCAGGUGGCAUCAGAGGCCACAAAAGCUGCAGCAUCAGUCAUUGCUGCUCCUGUGGUGGAAACCAGUUUAUAAAGACUCCUGAUGACUGGUUUUACUGUGUCUGGACUCGGAGGAUUUCACACCCACAUACCUUGGACACACACAGACUACUGUUCCAUAUCAUCAGACUUUAAGUGCUGUUCAACAAGUAACUGGAUCAAUGAAGAAGAGCGUUUUUAGUUCCUAAAUGGAGAUGAUGCAGGCAUUAUAUGAGUAGCAGGUCACAUAAAAUGUGAAAUGUGUCUUAGUAUUAUUUUUACUGUUUAAUUUGUAAGAUUAGUAAAUUUUGCAGAUUGUUUUUAUGUUGUAAUUCUGUAAACCUAUGCAUAAACUGUUUUAAUAUUUGGAACAAUGGAGUACGUUGUAAUAAUGGAUCCAUUGUUCUCUGCAUGGAAACACUUGUUUUUACGGUAUGUUUUAUCGACUUUGAUUUCGUCAGUAGUGAAUACUUUUUAACUGUUGUUGUUCAGUCGAUUAUUGGUGCCAUGCACCAUCACUGCCUGUUACACACGUGUUUUCCAGCAACUAUUUUGAAUUACUGGUCCGUGUUGUUCGCCUUAGAAAUUGUCAAACUUAGCGUCAAGACUUUAUAAACUGAACACCAGGGCCUGCACUAACAGAAUAAAAGUUGGUCAUGAUAAUUUCAGAUUUAAAUUUUUAAGAGUCAGUGUGAAAUCAUUGUUACCAGAGUAAUUUAAAGCCAAGAAAUAAAAAAAAUCACUUCUUUU